CACAAGAGAUUUAUUGGAAAAUUACAGGAGGGUGGCUGCCUCUGCUCAGGAGAGAAGCAGCAAAGAGCUGAACAGGAGACAGGUUUAUAGAAGGCUUCCUGGGAAAGGGGCUUUCGAGGAUGUUCUGGGAAUCGGUGGGAUUUUGUGGCCUCAUCUUAGGGCAAGCUCAGCGAUUGGUGGGAUUCUAUGGCCUAAUCUUGGACUUUAUUUUUUCUCUGUGGGCCAGGGCUUGGUUGACUGGGAAGAAGGUCUGGCUAUUCAAAUACCAGGGGUUAGGCCCCACCAUUUGAGUAGCCAGGGGGCAGGGCCUGGCUACUUGCACCUCGAGAGUUUUACAGUACAUCUUGCAGAGCCAGGUCCAGAGCAAUGAGCUCUGAAGGCCCAGGAUGAGGGCACCAGGCAUGGGGUAACUCAUUACUUGUCAACCUAAACUACCAUGGCACCUAUCACUGCCAGGAAACUGGUCCAAGGCAAGGCACAAGAACACCUUGCUACAGUGAGUGACAUUCACGGUAAAAGAGGAACCUGCAAGGUCUAUAGGGGCAAGUUUAGCAGGAGCCCAGGGCACAUAUAUGCACUUGGGUCUCUCUGUGCCCAUCAAGGCCGGGAUGGCCAGAAUCAUCACAGGGCUGUUCAUGUCCCUAGGGAUGUUGACAACUGCAGUGGCUUCAGUAUACAUUCUCAGAACGCAGAAAAAGAGUGGCAGCUAGCACCUGUGUCCUCGGGGCAUUGUGUUAUAAUGAUACAGUUCAGGGAGAGUUGUCCUGAGAUUGGGGAAGAUCAAGGUCCAGAUUGAGUUGGGGAUUGGGCCAUAUCAAGUUCCAGAUCAAUAAAACCUUCGAAUUCCACCAGGCGUGAUAGCUUACACCUUUAUUACCAGCACUCUGGAGGCAGAGGCAGGUGGAUCUCUGUGAGUUCAAGGCCAGCCUGGUCUACAGAGUAAAUUCCAGGACAGACACAGAGAAACCCUGUCUCGGAAAACAAAUGUGUGUGUGUGUGUGUGUGUGUGUGUGUGUGUGUGUGUGUGUGUGUAAAAAUGAGCUAGCACUUGCCCAUAUAUUUCUGAAAGUAGCUUUCUGUUGCUAGAGAGAUCCAUAUCUGUCACUAUAAACUGCUGAUCUUCUUUCCUGAUUGUGUCUUUUGCCAGUUCCUUCUCCAGCUCCUGUUUAACCUUUUGCUUCCUGGGCAGUCUAUAGUACCCCACCAAGUCUACGGGGAAUGAAACUCUGGGGUUGCCAUGUUUAGUAGUAGGCCCCUAGUUUGUGUUUUGAAACCGUGUCUUACUAUGUAGACUAGACUGCCUAGGCCUUCAGAGCACUGGAAAUAACACCAGGUGUUUUUGGUUUGUUUGUUCGGAUUUUUGUUUUUCCUUUCUGAAUCAGGUUUAUCUCAAAGUGAAGUAGGGCAUGACUUUGAACUUCUGAUCCUGCAGCUUCCAUUUCUCAAGUGCUGGAAUUGCAUGUGUACACCAGCACAGCUAAUUUUGUCUGUCGUUUUAUUUUUCCUUUUGAGACAGGAUCCCUAUGAAUUUGGCUUACGUAGCUGAAGACGACGUCAUAAGAUCUGCCUUCACCUCUCAAGGGCUUAGAUUAAAGGUGUGUGCGCCUGACAGCUCUUUAGGCGGUGUUAGGAAUAGAACGCCUAUUCUCAUUCCUACCUUGCAAGGCGGUUCCUUGCUGCAACUCCGCCCUUUUACUCAAUGGCUCAGAGUCAGAGGAAGGGGGCAACGCUCGCGGCGCUGGGUCCAGCCAAUAGGCUGAAGGGGGCCGGGAGAGAGGCGGGGCCUCUACCAACCAAUCACUAAGCGCGCCCUCCUUGCCGCUCUAUGUCGCUCCGCCCUGAGCUCGCUGGUCCCAGAAGGCGCCGGGUUUCCCAAGAUGGCGGCCGACGUGUCCGUUACUCACCGGCCGCCGCUCAGCCCGGAGGCGGAGGCCGAAGCGGAAACUCCCGAGACCGUCGAUCGCCGGACACCCGAACAAGAGUUGCCGCCGCUCGAUCCGGAAGAGAUCCGGAAACGCCUGGAACACACUGAGCGCCAGUUCCGUAACCGCCGCAAGAUACUGAUCCGAGGCCUCCCGGGGGACGUGACCAACCAGGAAGUACAUGACCUCCUGAGCGACUACGAACUCAAGUACUGUUUCGUGGACAAAUACAAAGGGACAGCUUUUGUGACCCUGCUGAAUGGGGAGCAGGCUGAAGCUGCCAUCAACACCUUCCACCAGAGCCGCCUUCGAGAGCGGGAGCUGUCAGUUCAGUUGCAGCCUACUGAUGCUCUGCUGUGUGUGGCCAACCUGCCACCUAGUCUGACACAGGCGCAAUUUGAAGAGCUGGUGCGGCCCUUUGGCAGCCUGGAGCGCUGCUUCCUAGUGUACAGUGAGCGCACUGGCCACUCUAAAGGCUAUGGCUUUGCAGAGUACAUGAAGAAAGACUCGGCUGCCAGGGCCAAGUCUGACUUGCUAGGCAAGCCACUGGGCCCACGCACACUGUACGUGCACUGGACAGAUGCUGGGCAGCUGACCCCUGCAUUGUUGCACUCUCGGUGCCUCUGUGUGGACCACCUGCCACCUGGCUUCAACGAUGUGGAUGCUCUGCGCCAGGCUCUGUCGGCGGUCUAUACCCCCACCUUCUGUCAGCUGGCAAGUGGCCAGGAUGGGCAGCUAAAGGGCUUCGCGGUACUGGAGUACGAGACAGCAGAGAUGGCAGAGGCAGCACAACAGCGGGCAGAUGGCCUGGCCCUGGGUGGCAGCCACCUACGUGUGUCUUUCUGUGCUCCAGGUCCCCCAGGCCGCAGCAUGUUGGCGGCACUCAUUGCUGCCCAGGCCACGGCUCUCAAUCGAGGCAAGGGACUCCUGCCUGAGCCAAAUAUCCUGCAGCUAUUGAACAACCUGGGCCCAUCUGCCUCCCUCCAGCUGCUCCUCAACCCCCUGCUGCAUGGAGGUGCCAGUGGCAAGCAGGGCCUCCUGGGUGCGCCCCCUGCCAUGCCGCUGCUCAGUGGGCCUGCCCUGUCUACUGCACUGCUGCAGCUAGCCCUGCAGAGCCAGAACCAGAGCCAGAGCCAGAGCCAGAAGAAGCCUGGGAUCCUGGGAGACUCACCUCUGGGUACCCUCCAGGCCGGGGCCCAACCUUCCAACUCUCUCCUAGGAGAGCUGUCUGCAGGGGGGGGCCUGGCCCCGGAACUGCCGCCCCGCCGAGGGAAGCCACAACCCUUACUACCACCAUUGCUGGGCCCCUCUGGGGGUGACCGGGAGCCCAUGGGUCUGGGUCCCCCAGCAUCCCAGCUCACUCCACCCCCAGCCCCUAUGGGGCUCCGAGGCUCCAGUCUUAGAGGCCUCCCGAAGGACAGUGGGCCCCUGCCAACGCCCCCUGGGGUCUCACUGCUGGGGGAACCCCCAAAGGACUACCGCAUCCCCCUCAACCCCUACCUGAAUCUACACAGCCUGCUUCCAUCCAGUAACCUAGCAGGCAAGGAGACCCGGGGCUGGGGAGGCUCUGGGAGAGGCCGCCGCCCAGCGGAGCCCCCCUUGCCUAGCCCUGCAGUUCCUGGUGGAGGCAAUGCUAGCAACAAUGGCAGCAAAGCCUUCCCAAUGAAGCCCCGCCUGCUCAGCCCCAUCGCCAGCAACCGCCUGCCCCCUGAGCCAGGGCUGCCCGACAGCUACAGCUUUGAUUACCCCACAGAUGUGGGACCUAGACGGCUCUUCUCCCACCCUCGGGAAUCAAACUUAGGGGCUCAUGGCCCCAGCCGACACAAGAUGUCCCCCCCACCUAGCAGCUUCAGUGAGCCUCGCAGUGGUGGAGGCAGUGGGGGACCCCUCUCUCAUUUCUAUUCUGGCUCACCCACCUCCUACUUCACCAGUGGCCUACAGGCUGGCCUCAAGCAGAGCCACCUGAACAAGGCUGUCGGUUCCUCCCCAAUGGGCUCCAGUGAAGGGCUCCUGGGCCUGGGCCCAGGGCCCAAUGGUCACAGUCACCUGCUGAAGGUACGGGCAAGAGGUGGGGGUGCUGGGCAGCCCUGGCCCUGGGAAGCCACUGACUCGGCCUUCCCUGCUGUCUGUCUCCAGACCCCACUGGGUGGCCAGAAACGCAGUUUUUCCCACCUGCUGCCCUCACCUGAGCCCAGCCCAGAAGGCAGCUACGUGGGCCAGCACUCCCAGGGCCUUGGUGGCCACUACGCGGACUCCUACCUGAAGCGGAAGAGGAUUUUCUAAGGGGUCAGCGCCAGAGAUGCUCCAAGGGCCUGCACCAAGUUGCUUUUGGGUUCUUUCUGGUAUUUGUGUUUUGUGGGAUUUUAUUUUUAUUAUUUUUUUUAUGUCCUUUCUUUGGGUAAUAGAGAAAUCUCUGCAAAAGACUUUGGUGACCAACCAGCUGGAGCUCAAGGAAUGUGGGGUAUCUGGGGGCCAUACCAUUACCUGUGGGCUUGCUCCUGGAACCAAACCCUGCAGCCUUAAGAGAGAGGGGCCUGGCCUGCUCUCUUUCCCUCCCCAGCUCCUGGCCUUCUGUGUUGGCUCUCCAGGCCUCCUCUCCUGCCUCAUCACUCCUGUGUUCUGGCCUUUUGAGUGCCUUUGGAGGUGUCCCUGACCUGUGAGGAUCAGAGACAGUCCCCGUUUUUAAACUUCGACAAUUAACUUUGAUUUCCUUUUCUAAUUUUUAUUAUUUUUUAAAACAACCAGGAUGAUGACCACAUCCACUCCCCUAUCCCUCCAGAAAGCCCCAACUUGAUUUCUUCAGGGUCUGGCCUUCCCUGGGCCUCUGUUCCAACAGCUUAACCCCAUUCUCUUCCCAGUCAUCUGCUGCAGGUAUAGCUGUGUCAUGCCCCUGCCUGCCUACUCCGGCCAGUACCCUAAGCCCCAGGAUCUCCAGCCCCUGCCUUCUGAUGCCUUAAAGUUGGGCCACAGGUCCUGCUGGGUCAGAGCCUCUCAGAUGCGGAGCUCCAAAAGCUCAGCUCAGGACCAAAGAGCUCUGGCCUAGGGUUCAUCCUUUCUCCAGGGUGUCUGCCCUCUGGACAGAAGGCCAAAGCCUUGGUCUUGGCAAACCACCCCUUUUGCCCUAAGCUUGGGUGCAGAGACCAGUAUUUUCUGCUGGCUUCAACAGUGUCCCCUGCUGUCUGUGAAAGGUGACCAUUGUACCCAGGCCACUGGACCUCUACCAUGUUCCUUCAAACCCAGAUCAUCACCAUCCCCAGGCUGGAUCACUGGAGCAGGUCUCCUCUCUGCCCAUCUGAGGGGACCUAGGGACUCUGCCCCUGGCCAGCUGAGCCACCACCAGCCUCCCUCCUCAAACCUGAUGAACCAAACUCACUCCAGUAGGGGGCAUUCCCUCCCCUUUCCCCCUUCCUGCCCUCCCCUGCUCCCUGACCUUUGCUGAAUUAAAGUUUGUAAGUAAACGGUUUUAAGAAAAAAA